UUCAAUGACUACGUGUCAACUUCAAUCGACGCGUAGCACGUAGCUAGCCAACACGGCCACUUUCCUUGGAUGUACGAACUUGAUACAGGUUACUAUACUGCACGAUUCUGAGUGAACUAGUUUGUUUUAGUGGAUUAAAACCUUUCGUUACCGAAAAUGCCACCUUCACCAAGUUCAACUUCAGUGGGUUCUGGCGGCCGUUCACCUAGCAAAGCUACCUCGGCACCACGCUCUGCCAGCGGCAGCACGGUGCGACAGCGCAAGUCCACCACCACAACCACCGCCGCCAGGAACCGAAGCACGGGCGCUGGAUCUGGUGGCAUGUGGCGAUUCUAUACUGAUGAUUCCCCAGGAGUCAAAGUUGGACCUGUACCUGUAUUAGUGAUGUCUCUUCUGUUCAUUGCAUCAGUGUUCAUGCUGCACAUUUGGGGAAAAUAUACUAGAGCCUGAAUAAUUAGAUUGUUACUUUUUAUUGGUGAAGAAAGAAUGGUGCGACAGUAUGAUGCAAUGAUUUUUUAUACUUGGAAGAGUGAAAGGUUAAGGAACUUUAUUAAUUUAUGUAUGUAAUGAGAUAGACUUAUCUGAUGUAAGAUUUAAGAUAUUUAAUAAACUAUGAUUCUGAAAACAAAAAUUCUAAACAUUUUUAUUUAUAAUAUAUCUAGAUAUCCAUUUUAAGAUAUUGUAAGUCUCCCAUAACAAGAUUGUGCUUGGAAAUAAAACAUGUUGAGUAAAAUAAUAUGUAA